AUGUUUUCCCGGCUUGCUGUGGAGUUGACAAAUGUCAAGGCAGGGCGACUCGCCCCGCUGUGGCAGAUAGGCCGGCGCGCAGGGCCUCCCUGGAAUGUGGCUAGGAGCGGCUCACACGCCGUAUAUAUACCGGGCGCCGGGACCCAGACGGCAAGUGUUGUGGGCGACGCAGCGGGACAGCAACAACAGCAGGGACAGCAGCAGACGACGACCACCAUGAGGACCCUGGCAGUACUGGCAGCGCUGGUGGCAGUGUGCACGGCAGGUGUGAUCCCCGGCUACCCGGGCGCUUACUACCCUGGCGCCUACCCCGGAGCAUACCCGGGCGCAUACCCUGGAGCGCCGCACGCGGCCCCCGCUGUGCCCGCGGACACCCCUGAGGUAGCUGCAGCCAAGGCGGCGCACUUCGCCGCCGUUGCUCAGGCCACCGCCGCCGCUGGGGGCGCUGCCCAUGCCCCAGCUGCCCCUGCAUACCCAGGUGCAUACCCAGGUGCCUACCCAGGCGCCUAUCCUGGAGCCUACCCAGGCGCCCCUCAUGCUGCACCUGCUGUGCCCCAGGACACCCCGGAGGUGGCAGCGGCCAAGGCGGCGCACUUUGCGGCUGUAGCGCAGGCGCAGGGCGCCGCCCACGCCCCCGGCGCGCCCUACGGAGUGCCCGGCGCGCCCUACGGAGUGCCCGGCGUGCCCUACGGCGCGCCCCACGCCGCCCCCGGCGUCGGGCCCGGCGGGGUGCCGCAGGACACGCCCGAGGUGGCCGCCGCCAAGGCCGCCCACGCCGCCGCCCACGCGCGCGCCAGCGGCGCCGCCCACGGCCACUACUACGGCUGAGCACGUGACCCGACCGCCGGUCGGCCCGCCCGUCACACCCACCACCGACGCUGAACGCCAUGCGACGCCCAGCUACCCCAACACUUCUGAAAGACGACGCUGUCCGCAAUUUUUUUUGUACAUACGCUUGUUUUUAUUUGAGCAUAAUAUAUUUUUGCAAUGAACUGAA